AUGAGCCCUACACAUAACAAGCCCCCAGUGAAGAGAGAGAACUACACUCUUAUCACUGAGUUUAUUUUACAAGGUUUCUCCAGCUUCCAUGAGCACUAGCUCAUCCUUUUCAUGGUGUUUCUUGUACUAUAUAUCUCAACCCUAACAGGUAACGUAAUCAUUGUAACCAUCAUUUGAAUUGAUUGUCAUCUUCACACACCCAUGUACUUCUUCCUUAACGUGCCGUCCACUUCAGAGACUACAUAUGUAUUGGUCAUUCUCCCAAGGAUGCUCUCCAGCCUCUUAGGUAUGGGUCAGUCCACAUUAACAGCAGGUCGUGCCACACGGAUGUUCUUUUCCAUAACCUCUGGCAUCACUCACUGCUUCCUGCUCACAGAAAUGAGAUAUGACUGCCUUGUGGUCAUCUGCAACCCCCUGAGAUACACGGUGACUAUGAACAAAAGGGUGUGUGCUCAUCUGGUGUUGGGGACUUUCAUCAUUGGGCUGAUUGUGGCAAUGAUACAGGUGACAUCUGUAUUCAAGCUGCCCUUCUGUGCUACAAGAUUCUCCUCAAUGCCAAAACCCAAUUUCACAGCGGUGAAGGAGUUUACCUUUGAAGGUUUCUCCAAUUUUGAGUGGCAUCACAGACUCAUCCUUUUUGUGGUCCUUUUGGUCGUGUACAUGUUGACCCUUGCCAGCAAUGCUAUCAUCCUGACAGUUAUCUACCUCAAUCAUCAACUUCACACACCCAUGUACUUCUUUCUGAGUGUGCUGUCCAUUUCUGAGACCUGUCAUACUGUGGCCAUCAUCCCACGAAUGCUAUCUGGUCUCCUCAGCCCCCAACAAGCCAUCUCCAUUCCAGACUGUGCCACCCAGCUCUUCUUCUAUCUCACUUUUGGUGUCAACAACUGCUUCCUGCUCACAGCCAUGGGGUAUGACCGCUAUGUGGCCAUCUGCAACCCCCUACGGUAUUCAGUCAUCAUAGGCAAAAAGGCUUGUUUACAGUUGGUGAGUGGAUCCUUGAGCAUUGGUCUGAGCACAGCUAUAUUUCAGGUGUCUUCUGUGUUUAGCCUUCCCUUCUGUGAUGCCAGUGUCAUCUCCCACUUCUUCUGUGAUGUCCGUCCCUUAAUGAAGCUCGCAUGUGCUGACACUACCAUCAAAGAACUUAUCACUUUGCUCAUCAGUCUCUGUGUCCUUGUUCUGCCCAUGGUCUUGAUCUUUAUCUCCUAUGUCCUGAUUUUCACCACCAUCCUCAAGAUUGCAUCUGCUGAAGGCAGGAAAAAGGCCUUUGCUACUUGUGCCUCACAUCUCACAGUGGUCAUUGUCCACUAUGGCUGUCCAUCUUUCAUCUACUUAAAGCCCAAAUCCCCAAAUACUCUUCAGGACAGACUUAUCUCUGUGACAUACACUGUCAUCACCCCCCUGCUGAAUCCUGUUGUUUACAGCCUGAGGAACAAGGAGGUCAAGGAUGCCAUGCUCAGAGCUUUAGGCAGAAAGCCUCUCUCCUAG